AUGGCCGUCGUGGAGGAUGCAUACGAUGCCGAAAGGCUGUUGCGCAGUGCCGCAGAGCACUCACUGCGCGCCUUCAUCGAGCCAAACGCCACCUUCCUCGCCGAGCGUCUCCAUCUCAUGUUCCCCUCCCCUUCCUCAGCCCACCUCCUCGCCACUGCACAUCUCCGUGAAGGAAACUGUUCGCGCGCUGCUGAAAUUCUCAGGCCCGCCUCCACUUCCGAGAAUCGCUACCUCUACGCCGUCUGCCUCGUCCGUAUCGGCACCCCGGACGCUCUACGAGACGCAGAGGCCCAGCUGCGCGGCCCGCAAGCACAAUUAGAUCUCGACCGCGCUUCGACGAGCGUCGCGCCGGGAGGCGCCGCGGGACUCCAUUUGCUCGCAGAGAUCUGUUUGCGCACGGGGAGGAAGGACGAGGCCGCUUCCUUGUUCAAGAAGGCCAUUAAGGCCAACCCCACCCUUUGGGUUGCCUUUGAUGCUCUCGCCAAGAUGGGAAUCGUCGUCGCUGCCGAACGCGUCCUGGGUACGGGCGGGGACGCUGAGGCGAUGCAACGAUUGCUGUUGCAGCCGCAGUUUGACAAUGCAAUGUCUGCUGGAGAGACCCCUAGAAGAAAAAAUCGGCCCACGCGAGACCGGCCCCUCAGCAUGCCUUCUGCGAGGCAGGAAAUGCCGAAUGGAAAUGCAUUCCGCACACCAGCAAGGAUGGAUGUCAACCAGUCAACCUUUGUCACUCCAUCCCCGAUGCCCGCCAGCACAUGCAAUUUGAACACUCCCGCGGCUCCAAUGCAGACGGUAGGCGCCCCAGCCAGGAGAGCGAACAGGAGAGCGGCUGCUUUGAACAAUAGUACGCAACAGCUCAUCCGGCACAGCGGUGCUGGCAUGGAGGAUUCCCACGUGCGCAAUCCGAAUGAUCUGUUUGCAACCCCGACUGCCACUUCAGCGCUUCCAUUUGCAAGUGGAGAAGUACGCGAUAGGCAUUCUUUCAGGGGAGAAGUGCAAGUGAAGAUACCGAAAACGCGUAGCGCCAUUGCGAAAGAAAGAGAUGUCUUGCGGUCUCGACAGCCAUUUGAAGACUCCCAAAUGGAAAGACAACAUCUAGGCGCAAUGGACUUAAUACGAGCCCUUGGUCAGAUUGUCUCCGAGCUUGGGCGAUUUCGAUGCCAGAAGGCACUCGAUUUAACAGAGCGUUUACCAAGGGUGCAUCGACAUUGCGGAAUGGUUUUGUCCAUUCGAGGUCGCGCGUUUUUGGAGAAAGCCGAGUACGCCUUUGCUGAAAGGGAGUUUUUAGAGUCGCUGAAAAACGAACCUACACGCAUGGAUGGAGUCGUGGAAUACUACUCAACGGUGUUGUGGCAUUUGAAACGGGAGAAGCAACUGUCACAACUUGCAAUCAAAGCGCAACGCGUAUAUCCCAUUUCAUCAAGCGCUUGGUGUGCUGCUGGAAAUUGCUUCUCGAUGCAACGCGAUCCAGAUGCCGCCCUCAAAUUCUUGCAACGAGCAAUAGCAACUUCAAAGGCCCCGAACGCCUAUCCAUACACAUUGGCCGGUCACGAGUACAUGGCAAAAGAAAACUUUGAUUCAGCUCUUUCGGCUUAUCGUCAAGCACUGCAUAUUGAUGAAAGAAAUUACAAGGCUAUGUACGGUAUUGGACAAGUACUCCAGAAGCAAGAAAAGUUUGCUCUGGCUCAAAGCCACUUCCGGAGCGCUAUUCUGAUUCAUCCCCUAAACGCGAAUCUGCACUACCAUCUUGGCAUGGCACUCUCGGCAGCUGUUAACGCCAGCAGCACUACCGAUAGGUUUUCGAAGAGCACCAAGCAUGCUCUGAUUCCAGCCCUAGCAGAGUUCGAAACGGCAGCGAACUUGGACCCCGCAAAUCCUGUCCCACGGUUUGAAAGAGCUAAGAUUCUUGUCGCUCUGAAACGCCUCCCAGAAGCACGUCGGCAGUUGGAGAGCUUGCGAGAUUUGCUACCGAAAGAAGCAGAAGUGUAUUUCGAAUUAAGCCGAGUCGCAAAGCAGAUGGGAGAUAUGAAAACGGCAUUGCGUUCCAUAACUAUCGCGCUUGACAUUGAGCCAAAAGACCGAAAGUACAAAAAGGCACUUGAAACACUCAGCAGUGAGAUUGACGCCAACGGCAUUGCAUAG